AUGAAGCACAAACAGGGUAAGUCCAGUGAAGAUUCAGUACUUGUAGCAUGUGAUCAGGGGAAUUAUCAUUGUGCUGGAGAUUUGAGGCUCAACUCCCUGUUACACAUAGCAAAGUGCCCAAUACUUUCCCGCAGAAUCAUGGCACGUUCUUCUUGGAGAAUCUUGAGCGUGGCUGCAGCGCUGGUAGCUUUGCAAAACUUUUGCAACAGCUGGAGUUUUGUGCCUGGGCCAUUGAGAAAGCAUGCACCUGUGGCAGCUGCGUCCGCAGCCGGCAUGAUGAUGGCUCCAGCUGCCUUUGCCGAUGAGAUUGGUGAUGCAGCCAAGAAGCUUGGCGAUGCUUCCUACGACUUCGCAAAGGAAGUGGACUGGAACAAUGGCAUUUUCUUGCAAGCCCCUGGCACGUUCCAACCGCUUAACGCUCUGAAGGCAAUUGACAAGAUGAUUGAGAUGGGAGCAGCAGCAGACCCCAAGCUCUUGAAGGCAGCGCGGAGGCUCACCACAAGGCCAUCGGAAGUAUCUCAGGUCCCAACGGUGUGA